UAAUAUUCUGGACCAUACUAAGGUUCUAACCUACUUGCCUGUGAUUAUUCAUUUUUACUGUUGACGAAGAUAAGUUUCAUUCAAAGAUGAAAUUGGCUGUUUUUGUGCUAUGUGCCUUAUUUGGUAUUGUCACUCCUGAAAUAUUAUGGCCCCUCCAUUGUUCCUUGCCUCAUAACAAUCUAUUGGGAGGACCGCAUUUAAUUGGAUUUGAUCAACUGCCAUCUGAUAUUUUAGGAGAGAUAAGACGUACUAAAGCUGUAGUCGUAUGUGCAACUAAGCAAGUUGUUUCAGGAUUGAGAUACAAAGUCCAAACGACCAAAUGUAUAAUGCAUUUUGUCGAACUUGCUUGCGUCAUGAGAUCGCUAAUCCCUGAAAACUGCGAGGAAAAAGCCAGGAAAUAAAUUGACUUCACAACCGUUGUAAUAUAGUAUAUCUUUCUUUCACAAGUCAUUUAAAGCCAUUUUAGUGAAAUAUACUAUAAAAACCAGAUAUGUCCUGAAGCACAUACGCUGAAAGAACCAUUUCGGGUGAUAGUUUUACUACAA